AUGGAGGAUAAUAAUAAUAAUGAAACUCAUUUGGAAAAUGUAAAAAAUGGGGAACCGUUUUAUAUUUUGAAUCCUUCAGAGUUUAUUCGAAAUAAAGAAAAAGUUCUAAAAGAAUUUAUUACAAAAAAAUAUGAUGAUAUUAUAAAACAAAAUAAAUUAAGUGCUGAUAUUAGAUGCACUUAUUUUCAAUGCAAUCCAAAAAUAGUAAUAUUUACUACCUAUACUCCCUUUCAAAAAUAUGAAAGUGUUGUUUCUUUAAAAAAUGUGGACACGGCUGCUAGACGCCUCAACAUUCAAAUACAUGAAGAUAAUACUUUUAAAGUUAUUUAUAUAUCAGAUAUAAAAAAGAAGAUUGCACCUGGGAUGUUAUUUAACUUUAAAAUAGAAUUUUACCCUAAAUCACAUGCAAACUAUGAAUAUGAUCUUGAAGUUCACUCAGAGGGAAAAUAUUUUCUAUUACCAAUUCGAUGUAUGAACGAUCAAAUAAUUUUGAAUAUACAAGACGAAGUAAUUAUAGAUGAUACACCUAUAUACAUGAAGAGUGAGAAAAAUAUAUCAAUUAAAAAUAUAGGUCAAUAUGAAAAUAAAUUUGAAGUUAUAAUAAAUCCCCCCUUUUAUUUGAGUGUUUCUUCGUCUAUUCAUACUCUCAAAAUAGGGGAAAUGGAACAUUUUAAGAUCAUGUUUGUACCAGUUCAUAAUAAGUGUUAUGAAGAUUAUAUGAUAAUUAAUUAUGAAAAUGGAUUAAGCACUUAUACAAAAAUAAAAAGUAAAGGUAUUAUAGCCGAUGUUUUUAUAAAAGAUAAAGAAAUUAUAGCUCAUGAUAUAUACAUAAACAAAUCUAAAGAAAUCAAUGUCUUCCUUAAAAACUUAUCAUUCUUCUUAUUGUCGUACAAGGUCAUAAAAUACCAAGUCUAUGAAUAUAAAUAUGAUAAUGAUUCUGGAGAUAUAAAAAAUACAAACUUUAAUGUAAACCAUAAAGUAAUACAAAAAAGAUUUAUUAAUAAACAAGAAUUAUCUGAUGAAAAUAUUGUUAAAAAUGAAUUAAACGGAAAUGAAGAUUUGUAUGAUUAUGAAACUGACGAAUAUUAUGUUAAUGAAAAUAAUGAUGAUAACGAUUUGAGUGAUAAUCAAUAUAGUCAAAGUGAUUUUUAUGAGGAAAAGUUUCCAGAAGAUAUGGUAUAUAUAAAUGAUGAAAAAAUAAAAAAUGAGAUAUUUACAUCUAGUUUAAACAAUUCAAAUAAAUUCCUUCAUUCCAAUUCUAAUUACGUAAGUAGAAGAAAGGAGGAUGAUUUACAAAUUAAAAAAAAUAAAAUUAUAAAAAUUUACCCGAAAUAUCAAAAGUUAUAUAAUGAUACGGAUACACCUAUUUCUAUAUUAAUAAAUCCGCAGUUUGCAUCAUUUUUUAAAAUUGAAUUAUUUUUAUUUAUAAAAGGAUAUUCAAAAGAAGAAAAGGUUGUUAUAUAUUUGAAAAGUAUAACACCUGAAAUAUAUAUAUCAAACAGCAUACAUGAUUUAGAUACAAUUCUUAUAAAUACUUGUAAAACCUUACAUUUUGAGCUUAGCAAUAAUCAUCCAGUUGAUGCCUCUAUUACCAUAGAAAAUUCAGAUGAUUACUAUAAGGAAUAUAAAAUAGAAACUAAUAAAUUUAUUAUACCUGCAAAUUCUAAGUAUUUCCUUAUUAUUGUAUAUUUACCUAUAAGACAUGGUCCUUUUGAAAAGACAUUUAUAAUUCAUCAAAAAUAUACAAAUGUUAAAAAAAAUAUAAAAGUUUUAGGUACUUGUAUACUUCCAGAUCUUAAAUUUGAUAUAGAUGAAAUAAAUUUUAAUCAAGUAUCACAUAGUUUUUUAUAUGAAAAAAGUUUUCAUAUUAUUAAUAAUUCUCACUUAACUUUAAAUUAUUCAUUUAAAUAUUCUAAUGAAUUAAAUGAAGAAAUUCAAAUGAUAAAACCAUUUGGUGAAUUACAAAAGUAUGAAAAAGAACAUGUUGUUAUAAAAUUUUGUCCUAAAUAUAUAAAAACAUAUUUUUAUAAUAUAGAAUUUUUUAUAGAUGAAAUUAAAACAUAUAAAAUUAAGUUACCAUUCCAUGCUAUUUGUUGUAAACCUUUAGUUUUGUGUGAACCUCUUUUUUUAAACCUUGAACAUAUUAUUAUAGAUCAAAUAUAUACAGAAAAAAUAAAAAUAAUUAAUGAAUCACAAGAAACUGAUAUAAAAUAUGAAUUCAUAAUAGAAGAAAAAAUAAAAGAUAUUUGUUCUUUCCAAGUUUGUGAGAAUAAAGGAAUAAUACAAAGAAAUUCUUUUAAAUCUAUUGGUAUAUCUUUAAAAUGUAAUAGUAUAGGAAAUAUAUUAAUUGUUAUAAAAAUUAAAAUUCCUGGUUUGGAUGAUUUCUUAUUUUUUAAUAUAAAAGCUUUUUGUACUUGUCCAUAUAUAAAAAUAAUUCCAAACAUUAUCGAUUUUGAAAAAUGCAACUGUUUAGAUGUUAAACAAAAGCUUAUUGAAAUAAAAAAUGAAAGUCCUAUUAGUACAUUUAUUACUUUGUCUAAUGAGAAUUCGGUGUUUACUUAUUCUGAUAAUAAUUUCUACGUACAGCCAAAUAAGUCUAUUUUUAUAAACCUAUAUGCACAAUGCUUAGAAACAAUAGCAUAUAAUGAUAUAUUAAUUGUGACUGUUCAUCGAAAGGAUGACAUACAUAUACCAAUAAGGGCUCAGGGUAUCGGAUCACCAAUAUUUAUCCAUGAGGAAGUCAUUAACUUUGACACAGUUAACACGAGCAAAAAAUAUUUCCACGAACUAAUCAUUUUUAAUAAAGGUAUAAACGAAAGAAAUAUAUAUUUUGUAUUUGAAUCAGAAAAAAAUCGAAAGAGAAAAAGUGAACAAGUACAAGUAUUUAACAUCACACCAAAAAAUUUGUCAAUUAAAGGAGGAAGUAAUAUUGUGUGUAUUUUAAAUUGUUUUAAUAUAAAGGAAGAAAAAUGUGAAGAUAUACUUUACAUAUAUGAUGAUAUUUCAAAAAGCAAAAAAAAGGCAUUACAUAAUUAUAAAAAAAUAAAUAUCUUAGCUACAUUUGUUCAUCCGGAGGUUGACUUAAGUGAAGUGGAAAAAUUUGUUUAUAAUUUUAAUGAUUAUCAUGAUAUAGAUGAAAUAGGAAGAAUUGAAAAAAGAUAUAAAAAGGAUAUUAAUAAAAAGAAAAAAUAUAUGAACGACAAAAUAAAUGAUAAUAUAAACGACAUAAUAGAUGAACAUAUGAACGACAAAAUAAAUGAACAUAUGAACGACAAAAUAAAUGAACAUAUGAACGACAAAAUAAAUGAUAAUAUAAACAACAUAAUAGAUGAACAUAUGAACGACAAAAUAAAUGAACAUAUGAACGACAAAAUAAAUAAUGAUAUAUAUAAUUUGAAUAACAAAAAUUCUCAACAAAAAAAAAUGAUUCUUAUAAAAGACAAAAAACAAUUAAUGCAAGAGGUUGAAAUUCGAAAUUUGAAAAAUGCUAAUAUUAAAUUUGCUUUGUCUAUUAAAGAUCCAUUUUUCGUACAAUCUGAUAUAAUAGAAUUGAAAGGUAAGGAGAAAAAGAAAGUAGCGAUAUAUUUUGACAUAAAUUAUAUGAAUAAUAAAUUAAAUACUACAUAUCAAGAAAAUUUGAUAAUAAAUUAUUUUGAAAAUAGUAGAAGACAAAAGUAUGAAUUAGUAGGACAAACUAUAUACCCUAAUAUUAUUAUGAACAAAAGUUGUAUAGAUUUUCAAUAUAUUUUACAAAACUUAUAUACUCAAGAAUUUGUCGAAAUAACGAAUGUAUGUGAUUAUAAAAUAUAUUUUAAAUGGUUUUUUGAAGAUAAUAUUUUGUAUAAAGAUUUUAAUGAAGUUUUUGAUAUAAACCCUAAUAGAGGUUAUUUAUUACCACAUGAAAAAAAAAUAAUAAAAAUAACAUAUAAUAGUAUUAAUGAAAAUUAUUAUAAUAUUACUAUAUUGUGUCAAAUAAAAAAUGGACCUAUGUAUCCACUGAAAAUAAUUGCUGGUUAUUCAGAAAUAAAAUAUAGUAUAAAUAAAAAAAAACUUGAAUAUAAUAUACAUUAUAAAUCAAUAGGAGAAGAUAUUAUAACAUUACAAAAUAUUGGGAAAAUAAAAUUAUUUAUUGAAAUUAUUUAUAAUAUAAAAUUUCCAUCUUUAUUAUAUACAAAUAUCAAUAAUUUCUUUAUUGAACCAAACAAUAGUAGAGACAUCAUUUUUUAUUUUAUUCCAGGAAUUCCUAUAAAUAUAAUAGACAAUAUAUUAAUUAAAAUUUGUAAUUUUGAAGAAAUAAAAAUAAAAUUGAAAUCAUCCAAUUCAUGUAAUAUUUUAUAUUUAAACAUAAACCAAUUCCAUAAUCAUCAAUCAAUUAUAAAAGAUGAAAUUUAUUUAUUACAAGAUGUUGAUAAUAUGCAGGAUAUGGAUACAACGUUUCAUUCUAAGAUGAAAAAUAAUUCUAUAAAUAAAAAGAAUAACUUUAAAAACAUAAAUAAUUUAUUAAAAAAUAAUUUACAUUUAUAUGAUAAUGUUCAAAAUGAUUAUUAUGAAAAGGAAAGGAUCGGUCUAAUUAAAAAACUGAAAAACAUGUAUUCAGAUAUUUUUUCAUCACUAAGAAAGUAUAUCCAAGAUAUAUUACAUAUAUAUUACAGUACAAUUAGAAAUAAUAAAAAUAGUGAUGCUGAUAAUGAUGAUGAUAAGGACAAAAUGGAAGAUAUAAAUCUUAUGAAUAAAAAAGACAAUACAAAAAAUGAAAAAAUGUUUAUGAGAAGUAGUAUUAUACAUACUAAUGAAAAGGAUUCGAAGAAUAAUAUGAAAUGUAAAUAUGACUUGAUACCUAUUUUAAAAAAUUACAUUUUAAAAAACAAUACAAAUUGUGCUAUAUUUCUUGAUUUGCUAAAAGCUUUAAUUUUGAACCACAAGGAUGAUAAUUAUAUUCUGCAACUAUUCACAAAGCUUAAAAAAUUAGUCCAUUUUGAAAAACUAUUUUGCCAUGGAUAUACCACAAAUGAAUUCAUUUUAAAAUACCUUAAGAGAAUAAUUUUAGAAAGAAAUAUGGAACUAAGAAAUAUUUACCUAAAUGUAGGAAAUAUAAUAAUUAAUGAAAAAAAAGAAUAUUCAAUUAUUAUAAAAAAUGUAAGUAAUAAGAUGAUUACAUUAAAUUAUAUUUUGAAAAAUUCAGAAACAAAUGAUAUCAAAUUAGUCCAUGAGCAUAAAGAGAUUGAUUGUAAUAAUUCAAUUAUUUUUAGAAUUAUUAUACAAAAAAGCAGUGGGAUAGAAUAUAUAUAUAUGGAAAAAGUAUAUAUAUAUUUAAAUGAUAAUAAUUAUUAUAGUAUCAAUUUGAAAUAUCAUUUUAUAAUACCUGAUAUAUUUCCAUAUUAUAGACAACUACGUUUUGAAGGGGUAGAAUUAAAAACUUGUUGUUGUAAAGUAAAUAGGUUAAUAAAUACGAAAAAUGUAAAUGUGAAAUUUAAAAUAAAAAAUAUCACUUUUUAUAAUAAAAAGUUAGAAUAUUAUCAUUUAAAAAAGAAAAAACAAUUUUUUAUAUAUCCAAAUAAAGGAAUUAUUAAAAAAAAUUCUUUCUUAGAUAUGAAAAUAUUUUUCGAACCUUCUAAUAUUUAUACAGAUGCAAAAAUUCAAAUAGAAAUAUUUAUAUAUAAUUCCAAUUUUGUCAAAAAUAUAAUUAUAUAUUUAAGUAGUAUAAAACAUAAUAUGAAUAUAGAUCCAUGUGAUAUAAUAAUCAAACCACUAUUAUACAAUAGUGGACAUUCUUAUCAAAUGAUUAAAAUAAAUAAUCUUAAUAACUAUUCUAAAUAUUUAUUUAUAUACAAAUUAGAUAUUUAUUAUAAAUAUUUUCAAAGUUUUAUAUAUGAUUUAUUAAAUAUACAUAAACAUAUAUAUAUAGAAAAAAAUCAUGAAAACGAUUUUUUCUAUACCAAUUUACUGUAUUAUUUAAUGGAUAUAUAUAUAAACAAAAUGGAAUACAUAGAUAAUGAGUAUUAUCACAAUCAACAAUUUUAUAAAAAAGAUAUAUAUGAUGUGAACUUGUGUCAAACAAAUCAAGAUAUGAUUUUAUGUAAAGAUAAAUGUAACGAAAAUAAUGUAAUACAUAAUAGGGACAUAAAAUAUGGAAAUCAUAAAGAAAGUAAAACAAAAAAGAAAAUUUCAAAUAAUAUAGAUGAAAAACAAAAUAAAAAAUUAAAAAGACAAAAUGAUUAUCUUAACAAACCAAAUAAUAUUAAAAAUAUACAGAAGGAUAAUAUAAAUGAAGGAACAUUUCAACAACAGUGUGAACAAAAAAAAGAAAAUAUUAUUAGUAAAAAUAACAUCAAAGAUAGAAAUGCAUUAAAAAAAAAAAUUCACAUUUUAGAGGACAUUAUUAAAAAGAACCAAACGAAAUAUAAUUAUUUUCAUGAAUAUCUAAAUAUAAUAAAAAUCAAGAAAAAAAAAUUUAAGGACAAUUAUAUAAUUGUUUCUCCAAAAUAUCUUGACCAUAAAAAAAUUGCGAGCUAUUUGUCAGAAUAUAAAAAAAAUAAUCCAGAAUUUAAGGAAAAAAAUGGCACUCACAUGAAUUUUAAUAAUAUAGAGACUGAUAGUAAUCAUAAUAUGAAUAGUGGUGAUAUACAUAAUAACCAUUUUAAUAAUUACAGUGAAGAAUAUAAAAAUAUACCAUGUAACAAUAAACCAUAUUCUCAUCAAAAUGUUAAUUUUAAUAAUAACCUUUUAACAAUUGAUAAAAUUUUUCAUUGGUGUGUUGAAUUAAAUGAAAAGGAAAAUUAUCCAUUGAAAAUAAAAAGCAAUUUUAUUCAUUAUCUAAUUCAUGAAAUUGAUCUGAAAAAUAAUAAAAAAAAUUCCUCAAAAAAAAAUUUAGGUAUGUCAAAUAUAAACGAAUAUUUGGAAAAUAGUAACAAAACAAAUAAUGAGAAUAAAACUACUUUUGGAAGCCACCAAUUUUAUUAUAUUAGUGAUAUAUUAAAUAUGAAUGAUAAAAGAAAAGAAAAAGAAUAUCUAGAAUUAAAUACAAAUGUUACUAUAAAUAAUAUAUCUACAAAUGUUCCUACACAUAUAUACAAUGAAAAAGACACAUGUAAUAUAAAAGAUACAAGUGAUGAUAUGAAAAAUAUAAACAAUAUAAAUGAAACAUCUUGUGUGUCCAUAAAUAAGAAUAAUAAUUUUAUGGAAAAGAAAAAAAAGUUUAUAAAUAUAUAUAAAAAUAAAAUUAAAAAAAAAUUUCAUAUAAAAAAUGUUAAAUCAAAAAUAGAUAAUAAACAUAUAACUUAUAUUAAUAAAAAAGAAAACAAAUAUGAAAAUGAUACAAUAAAAAAAAAAAAAAAAAAGCAUUAUGAAGUUGAUUCUUUUUUAUCAGAUGAGAAAACAUUUUUUUACAAAUAUAAUUUAAAAUACAAAUUUGAAUAUCUAAAACAUUUUUUCCAUUUUGCUCUAUUAAAUGAUGAUGAAUUCAUGAAUAAUGUCAAAAGCUUUUUAAACGAAACAAUUUUAUCGGAAAAGAAAAAGAAUAAAAAUGAUAAUGGUAUCAAGAAAAAAAAUAAUAUGGUACAUUUAUUACAAAUUAUUCUGAAAAGAUUGUUAUUAUCUCCUAACUAUAUAAAUGGUGUUGUUUUUUUUUUUAAAAAAAACGAAUAUAUAAAUUCAGAAAUGUUUUUUAAUAUAUUUCUAAAUAUACUUAUUGAUCAAAAUAUUUUUAUCAUACAUCUGAAUCCAAUCGAAAAUUAUGAGGAGUAUAUUAAUAUUAAUCUAACUGGAGACCAUGUUUUAAAGGAAACAUCUGAAAUGAAGACGAAAAGGGUAAAGGAUGAUGCAUAUAAAGAUGAAAAAGAAAUGAAGAAAAAAAGCGAAUCAUUUGAGGUACAAAGAAUUAAACUCUUUUAUGAAAAAUUAGUCAAACAGUUUCAGGAAAAAAUAAAAAGUAAAUUAAAUGAAAAAGAAAAGAUUGAAAAAAUCAUAGAAUCAAUAAAUCUAAAUAAAGGUCUUCUUAUUGUUGAAAAGGAUAAAGGUAGUAGAGAUGGUGAAGAUAAAAGUGUGCAUGAUAAGGAAAAUGAAUCUUUAUCUAAUUUAGAGACAGAUUGUCAUAAUGUAAAUGAAUACAAAGAAGAAAAAAAAAAAAUUUCAGAGAUAUCCAAAGAAAUUAAUACAGAAGAAUGCAAAAACAUGUUGGAUAAUAAUAAUAAUAAUAAUAAUAAUAGUAGCAAUAAUAAUAGUAAUAAUAAUAAUUGUACAAAUGUUGCAGAUACCAUAUGUUAUGAAGAAAAUGAUGAGCAUGUUUCAAUGAAUAAUAUGGAUAUACAAAAUAAUAGUAUUCAUAAAUAUAGUCCUGUAGAACAAUUAUAUUACCAAAUUGUCAUAAAAAAAAAAGAUAUAAACAUUCAUUUGAACAAUAAAUAUAUAAAUGAAUUAUGCUUAGAGUGUUCAAUGAGAAAGGAUAAAAUUGAUAGUCAAAUUAUUAAAUAUAAUAAAAAAAUUAAUAAAAUAAAUGAUUUAAUAAAAACAAACAAUUAUAUUGAUCAUGUAUCAUUUUAUAAGGAAAUCAAAGAGACAUUACAAAAGUUAUGGAAUGAAUAUACAAAGAGGGAUAAUGUAAAUAUCUCCAUUUUUCAUGAGCAAUCAAAGAAUAUGAAUCAUAUGCCAAACAUGAACAAUAAAGAAAAUGAAAAUGAAAAUGAAAAUGAUACUUUAUUCAUUGAUGAAACUCAUCAUAAUAUGUUUGAUACAAAAACAAUAAAAACGGAUCAGAACAAAUAUUAUUUUAUAAAACAAAUAAAUCUCCAACUUAGUGAGAAUUAUGUUGAUAAGCUAAAAGAUGAAAUAAUUGAAAACAAAGAUAUAUAUGGUGAUAUAAAUAAUAUGAACAACAUAUUAUAUAGUAACCAUAAUAAUCACAUUAUUGAUAGAAUAAAUGUAUCAAAUAAUAUGCUCAAACAAUUAAAUCAAACAAAAUCACAAAAUGAUCAUACAACAUAUUUAAAAGAAGAAAAUGUUCAUAUUUUUAAUGAAAAUGUUUCUAAUGAUCCAAAAAGGAAUUUAAAUAUUUCCAAUGAUAAAAAUAAUAUGAUAGUUAAAAAUGUGAAUGUUAAUGUGAAUAAAAAAAAAGAGGAAUUACAAGAAUAUGUAGAUAAUGAAAAUAUAAAUACAUUAACUGUAAUUUAUACAAAUGAUGAGUUAAUGAAAUAUAUGCAAAAAAAUUCUGUUCAAAUAAACUUUUGUUAUUUUUUUAUAAACAAUGAUAUAGAUUUUGGAAAAAAAAAUAUAGCAAAUAAAAUACUUAAGUGUUCACAGGAAAAAUAUAAAGAUAUUAAAACGUCUGCAUACUUUUUUGAUAUACCACCACAAAGGAAAUUUGAUUCAUUUGAUAUGAAACAUUUUGUGAAAGAGAAAAAUAAUUUAGAGGAAUAUGAAGACAAUUUCUAUUUUUACAGUGAGGAAGACGAAGAAUAUGAAUGUGAAAAAAUAGAAGAAGAAAAAAGUAGGGACGUUUGGGGGAUACAUAAAAAUGGUGAUAUAAAUAAUGACAUGCAGAUAAAUGAAGAGAAAGCAGACAAGUUCUAUAAAGAUAAAAAAAAGGAGAAGAAAAAGGAAAAGGAAAAGGAGAAGGAGAAGGAGAAGAAAAAGGAAAAGGAGAAGGAGAAGGAGAAGGAGAAGAAAAAGGAAAAGGAGAAGGAGAAGAAAAAGGAAAAGGAGAAGGAGAAAGAGAAAGAAAAGGAGAAGGAGAAAGAGAAAGAAAAGAAGAAGGAAAGGAACAAGGAAAAAGAGAAAAAUAAAAAAAAUGAGAAGAAAAAUAGGAAGGAGGAAAACUAUACAGAAAAUAAAUACGAAGAAGAAAAAGAUAAGAGAAAGAUGGAAAAGGAUAAUAUAAAAAAGGACAAGCAUAAAAAAAAUGACAAUCAUAAAAAAAGUGACGAUCAUAAAAAAAGUGACGAUCAUAAAAAAAGUGACAAUCAUAAAAAAAGUGACAAUCAUAAAAAAAGUGACAAUCAUAAAAAAAAUGAUAAAGAUAUUGUAAAAGAAUAUAACGAAAAGGAGCAAAAAGAGGAAAACAAUUAUAUGAACGAAAAUAUUGAUGAGAAAAAAAGAAAAAGAAAAAAAAAGGAUAAAAUGAAAUAUGAUAAAAGGGAAGAAACAGAAGGAAUAGACCUAGAAGAAACUAUAAAAACAUAUAAUGAAAAGGAAGGCAAAAAGAAUAACAAAAUUAAUGAAAAAAUUAAUUACAAAACAGUUGAUAAAUAUAGAGGAGAUAAAGGAAAUGAAUAUCUUAAAAGUGAUAAACAAACAGAAAAUCAGAAAGCAAAAAUAAAUUUAAAAGAAGAAAAAAUGCCAGAUAAAUCAAAAGGGAAUUAUAAGAAAAAUUUAUAUAAUUCAUAUGAUAAAAAUACGAAUACUCAUAUAAACAAAUAUUCUACGGAAAAUAUUAAAGAAUAUUCUAAUAUAGAUGAAAAAAAUAUAUGUAGAAAUGAAAAAGAACAUUUAGAUGAAUAUAAUCAUGAAUUUCUCGAAAAAAGAAAAUAUGAUAUAAAAUGUGAGUAUGAUUAUAUGUUUUAUAAUAAUGCUAAUAUUAAUAACAAUAAUAAAAUGUAUGACCCCAAUAAUAAUAAUGAUAAUGAUAAUGAUAAUAAUAAUGAUAAUAAUAAUAAUAAUAAUAAUGAUAAUAAUAAUUAUAAAGAUAAUCAUAUUAAUAUUAAUAAAAAAUGUUAUAAUAGUCAGGAAAAUAUAAUUGAAUUUCAACAAAUUGAUACUUCUUAUGAUCUUAAGGAUAAUAUAAGAUAUAAAAAUAUUACACAUUUAAUGUUAGAAAAGAAUAGCAUUGAAGAAAUAUAUUUAAAAAUUAAUACAUGUAAAAUAAUAAAUAUAAAGAAAAAAAUAUGUUUAAUAGAUAUUUUAGGGAAUACAUUUUUUAUAAAUAUCCAUAUUAUUAUUGACAAACCUAGAAUAUAUACAAAUCCUUAUUUCUUAUUUAAUAAUAAUGUUUCUAUAUUUCCUAAAAAUAAUUCUUUCGUUUUAUCAAAUAAAUCAUAUCAUUUUGAUAGAGUUUUAAUUGGGAAAAACAUACACUUAUUUAAAGAUAUAAUUCAAACAGAAUUAAAAGAAGAAUUUGAAGAAAAUAUUAUAAAGUUCAUAAGACAUUUUGAAGGUAUAUAUACACCUAAACUAAAAAUAUUAUCCAAAUUAAAGACAAAAAAUGUUGUACCAAAUAUAGAUACUAUUGAAAAGGGUAAUAAAAGUCGAGUCAAUAAUAUUGAUAUCAUAAGAAAUAAGGAUAUCUUAAAAAAUUUAUAUAAACAUAUUCAAAUAAUAAAUUUCUUUAAUUAUUCUCAUUUUGAUUGUUUUGUUGAACUUUCAUUUGAAUCCAAAUUAAAUCAAGAUAAUAAAGAUAUCCUUUCAUUAAAUGAAAUGAAUGAUUCCGAACUUUUUCUAUCAUAUAAUGAUUUUUAUGUAUAUCCUAGUAAAUUCGUUCUGUUAUCUAAAAAAUGUAAAAAAAUAAUUCUUUUAUUUUUACCAAAAAAUGUGGAGUCAUAUGAAGAAAGGCUAUUCUUAUAUAAUUAUUCUAUAAAAGAUGAACCAAAUGAAAGUAUGGAUUAUGUAAAUAAUAAGGAAAUAUAUUAUAUAAAGGGAAAAAAGGAAUUAAAUAAAAACAUUGAUAAAAGUCCUAAUAAUAAUAUACUUUCAAAUGAUAAUAUAUUUUGUAAUAAUAUUAAUAAUAUUUUGUCUAAUAAAAUAAUUAACAAUUAUAUAUAUGAUAUGUUUUCGUUUGUUAUAAAAGGAGAAGGUAUACAAUGUUAUUUAAAAAUAGAACCAGAAUAUAUAAAUUUUCAUAAAGUCUUAUUAAAUUCGGUUCAGAAAAAAAAUAUCGAAAUUAAGAAUAGAAGUUAUUGUGAUAUUAUAUGGUAUAUUGACUCUAAGAGUAUAAAAGAUAGCUCCUUUUAUAUAAAUCCUACAAGAGGUACAUUAAAUAAAAAUGAAAGAAAAAAAAUAAUAACAAUUGGUUUAAAUACUAAUACUGUUAAAAUAAUAAAAAAGGAAAUUAAAAUAUAUUAUUCAGAAGCGAAAGUAAAUAAAAAUGAUAAAGUGAAUGUUAAUAAUUUAUGUACUGCUAUAUGUAAUAUAGAAGCAGAUAUAUGUAUAUCUUUUAUACAAGUAAAUUUCGAAAUCAUAGAUGAGAAAAUAUUAUAUGAUUAUAAUCAUACACAUAUUCAGGAUGAUAUAAAAAUGAAAGAAAAUAAUUUUUUAAAAGAAUAUGUAACUAUAUUGAAAAAUAGAAAAAAAGAUAAAUGGUAUCCUUCAAACGAAUUACUAUUAAAUAAUGUUAUUGAAAAUGUUAUACAAAUGAAAUAUGUACCGGUGAAUGAAUCUAAAAUCUGCUUAUUUAAAAUAAAAAAUACAGGAAAAGUGGGAAUACGUUAUUUUGUGGAAAUAAACGAUGAAACAUUCUUACAAUAUAUAACUAUAAACGAUAUAUAUAAUAUUAUAAAUAUGAAUGAAGAAAAAGAAAUCAAGUUAAAAAUUAAAUCAUAUAAAAAAAUAAAAUUUCAAAAUAUAGAUUUAUUUAUACAUAUUUGUGAUAGUAUAGAAAAUAAUUAUAUUCAAUCAUAUAAAUAUAUUCUAAGUGUAUCUUUUGAUUAUAAUUAUCUCAAGAUUGUUCCUCAUGUAAUUAACUAUGAUUCGGUUGAAAUAAAAAAGGAAGAAACCAAAAAUUUUAAAAUAAUUAAUGAUGGGUAUUUCGAUUUUAAAUAUGAUAUUAAAUUGUUAAAGGGUAAAAUAAAGAAUAACAAAUAUCAAAAUGAAAAUUUUGUAUAUCAUAAUAAAGAAAAUAAUAAAAAUUCAAAUAAAAUAAUAAAAAAUGAUAAUGAAGCAAAUAAAAAUCCUUUUAAAAUUAAUCCUAUGAGCGGAUUGAUAAAAUCAAAAGAAGAACAAGUUAUAACGGUCGUAUUUUAUUCUGAAGAAGAAAAUUAUUAUAAAUAUAUAUACAUAGUACAGGUUGAAAAUUUAAUAAAUAGUAUUGGACACAACAACAUAAACACUAAUAUAACAAAUAAUGCUACAUAUAAUAAAGAAUAUAAAAAACAUAUGAAAGAUACAAUUAAUGAUACAGAUAAAUACAAUGAAAUUAUUAAACUGUUUGCCUGUUCAGUUAGACCAAAAAUAUCAUGUGAUAUAAAAAAUUUAUUUGAAGAAAUGUUUAUACUAAAUAAUUUGAAUAAUUACAAUCACUUUGUUCAUUAUCUUUUAACAAAGAAUAGCUAUUAUAAUGUGGAGGAAAAUACAUUAUAUUAUAAAUAUGCUUACGUCAAUGAAUAUAUAAAUGAAAGAAUAAAAAUUUCUAACGUUACAGAUGUUAAUAGUAAUAUAAAAAUCGAAAUGAAAGAAAUCGAUUUUUCUUCUUUAACUAAUAAGAGUAAGAAAAACAAAGAAGUAGAAAAAAAUAAAAAAAACGAAACGAAUAUUUCACCAAAUUCGACUAUAAAAUAUAAUUUAAAAAUUCAAAAUUAUAAUGAAGAGAAAUACAAUUGGAACUGUAGUUAUAUAAAAAAUGACAACCUUUCUAAUAAUAUAAAUGAACAAUUUAGUAAUAAAAAUAAUAUAAAAAUGUGUGCGUCUGAUCAUAUUAUCAUAUAUCCAUAUCAACAUAAAUUUGUAGAUAUUUGUUUUCAUUCAACUCAAAUAGCUUGUAAAAAAUUUCUUUUCAAUAUUUUUAUGAUGAAACCAGAACAUGUAUUAUGCUAUUCAUUUUAUAUAAAUAUUGAAUUCUUUUUACCAUCUGCGCAGUUAAUUAUACCAUCAUACUUAUUAAAACUAACUAAUAAUGUACAUGACAAAGUUAUAGAUAUAGGAAAUAUACAUAUUAACAGUGUUCUAUCUUUUAAAAUACAAUUAAUGAAUUCAUUCAAAUAUCCUGUUAUGGUAAAAGUUAUUUUUCAUAAAAAAGAAGAUAAUCAUCAGAAUAUCAAAAAUGAGUUGAUUCAUAAUUUACCAUAUAUAAAUCAAAAGGAAGAAAAUAAUAUUAUACUAGAUAAAAAAGAAAAUGUAUCAAUUCAACAUAACAAUUCAUAUAACCGUCAAAAAGAAGAUGAAAAUAUAUUUAAACAACAAAAUAAAAAAUUAUUACAAUCAGAAAUUAAGAAAAAAAAUAUAUUAACAUCUGAUGUAUAUCAAAAUAUAUAUCCAAAUGAAAAAAACAUAACUAAUGAAUCUUUUAAUAAUAAUAUAGGCUAUCCAAGAGUAGAAGAAAAGAAAGAUCUAUAUAAUAAUAUUACAAAUAAUGAUACUAUUUUAUUCAAUAUAGAUAAUAUGAAAAUAAAAAAAAAAAAUAACAUUACAUAUUUCAAUUAUGAAAAUGUUAAAGAUAUAAUAUAUAACCACAGAUGUUGGGACCGUAAAAAUAAUAUCUAUUCUAUUGGUUAUUUAUGUUUCAUAGGUAAUAUAAAUAAUUUGUUAAGAGAAAAUGAAGUAGCAUAUUUUAAAAUUAAACUUAACAAAAAUAAAUUAAAAUAUAUAAAAUCUAAUGAAAGUCAAAAUGAAACAAAUCCUGAGCGAAUAUAUGUGCCAGUAAAAAAUCCAGAUAUAAGUAAUUUUGAUAAUUUAAAUAAAAAGGAAAAUAAAUAUAAAAAUGAUAUAGACAUUACAAAUGUAAAUGGAAAAAAUAAAACCAAUAAUAUAAAUAAAAGCACAGAGGAUUAUAAAAAUAAUAAUGAGAAUGAAAAAAAAAAUUUGGAUGAUAAUUCUUCUAAUAAUUAUAUUAACCAAAUAGAAAAGACCAAUGAUUUAUCAAAUGAUGAAAAAUAUAAGAAAAAAAAAAAGAAAGAUAAAAAUGUUCAAAAUGUUCAAAAUGUUCAAAAUGUUCAAAAUGUUCAAAAUGUUCAAAAUGUUCAAAAUGUUCAAAAUGUUCAAAAUGAUCAAAAUAAUAAUAAUAUAUAUAAUAAAAAUGAGAAAAAAACUUUAGGUAAUGUACAAAUUAAAGUUUUAAAUAAUAAUUAUGAAUGUUAUAAUUUAAAAUUCAUAGGAAAUAUUAUUGAACGUAAAAACUAUUGGAAUUUAAAACAUUUAAAACAUCAUAUUAAAAAUAUAUAUAAUAAUAACUUUUAUAUAUUUAAAAAUCAUAUAAAUUUUGAUAUUGUCCCUUUAAACUUUAAACAUACUUAUAAAUUAUUAUAUAUAAAUGAAAAUAACCAUACCUUAUUUUUUCAUAUUGAGAUAGAUAAAAAAAUUAAAAAUAUUAUAGAUAUAAAACCUAUUAAUGGUUCUAUACCAUCAAGUAGCUCUUUAUACUUCUAUUUCACUAUCGAUGUAAAGGAGUUAGUUAAUUUUAUGGACCGUCCAAUUUUAUGUAAAUUUUCUCAACAUGAAAUAUCUAUAAAUAAAAAAAAUAUUAAACUAAAUGAUGAUAAUUUAAAAUAUGAUGAAGAUGAUUUAUAUAUAAGUUUAAGAUCUGAAGAAAUAAAAGUUUCAUAUAAACAAAAAAAAAUUCAUUUUAAAAAUAUUCCUUUAUUUAAUUAUUCUAAAUAUGAGUUUACUUUGGAAAAUACAUCAAAUGUAAAAUUAUUUGCAGAAUUAUGUAUUACUCCUAAUAAUUACAUGGAUGAUAUAUUAUCUACUUAUUCAUUUGAACCAUUUAAAGAAAAAAAUAUGCUUACAAUAAUAACAAAUAAAGCUACAAAUGCCUUUACAUAUAAUACACAACAUGUAGACAAUAAUUCAUUUUCAUCGUCUUAUCGAAAUGAUCAUGAAAAAAAAAAUAUUUUAAUGGAUAAUUUAAUUAAAACUAAUAUAGUAGAAGAUAAUUGUGUUAAGGAAAAAAGAGAAUCAUCCAUUGAUGAAUUUUAUUUAACCAAAUAUGAUUUGAACAUAUCUGAUUUAAAUAAUAUGAAUAAAAAUGAUAUAGGAAAUAUUUAUAAUGACACACUACAUAAGGAACAAUCAACAAAGAAAAAUACUGAAAUGGAUAAUAAUACAAUUAAAAAAUAUAUAACAGUCAAUGCAAAAAGUAAUAAAUAUAUAUAUAUUUAUUGUUUUCAUAAUAUAUAUAAACAAAAAUUAGAAUCUAUCUUACAUAUAAAAAUUAAAUAUUAUGAAGAUAUUAAAAUACCCAUAAAAAUGACCUUUGAUAAUUAUGAUAAAGAAGAAAAAAAUAUAAAUGAUUUCUUCUUAUUGUCAAAAUUUAAAUAUUCAAAACAAGUGAUUGAUAAAAAGGAAAAUAAUAAAAUAGAUAAUUUAAAUAAAAACAAACACCAUAUUUUAGUAAUUAGUAGAGGUAUAUUAAGCAAAAAUUAUUAUAAAAUAUAUAUGAUAAAUAUGUCAAAUAAACGUAUAGAAUAUUGUUUUGAAAAAUACAGAGAAAAUGAGAAUUCCAGUAUGAUUAAAUACCCUAAUAUAACAAAUAAUGAUACGAAUAAGUUUAUAAAAAAUAAUAGUACAAAUAAUUCUAUCGAAUGUGUAAAUAAUAAAGGUAAUAUUAGUGAAAAUAAUUUAUAUUUUGCUAAAUUUCUUUUUCAAACCUUUAAUUCAAUACCAUAUAGACAAAAUUACAAUUUAUUUAUAAACAAUGAAAAAGAAGAAAAUGUUAUAUUGGAUUUAAGGGUGAUAGAACCAAUCAUAUUUUUUAAUACAUCUUUUAUACAUUCAAAUAAUUUAAUAGUUGGAAAAAGCUAUUGUUUUAUGUUUUAUUUAAUAAAUUUUGAUUUUAUCGACAUUCAUUUUGAAUUUGAUAAAAACUCAUAUAAUUCAUUUAAUAGCAAAAAGGAAACCAUCAAAAUUAUUCCAUCUGAAGGGCUUGUAAAAUCGUGUUAUAGAAAAAAUAAGUAUAUAAAUAAUUAUAUAAAUAAGUUAAAUAAACAUGAGGAAGUUGUCAACGAUUUUGAUAAUAAAAAUAUGAAGACAAAUAAUUUAAGAUCUCUUUUAUGGUUAUCUUCACAGGAUGAAGGAGAUUCUAUAUCUCAUCAUUCAUAUAAUGAUAAUAUGACAUUUGAUGAUAAUAAUAAAAUGAAAUUUAUUGAAAAAAUGAAGGGAAAGAAGGUUAACAUAAAACAAAAGGGGGCAGAAAAAUAUUCAUUUGCUCAUAUACAUGAUAAAAGUAAUUCCAGAAAUAAUAGUUCAAAUUCAUCAUUUUGUACUUUAUCAAAUAUGUCUUAUAGUGAAUCGUCACAUAGUAAUAAAAUUAGAAAUAAUAAAAAAAAAGUAUCAAAACAAGGUUAUGAUGAUAAUACAGAUAUAUAUUUUCGUACAAAUCAUAUGUUAAAUUAUAGAAACGAUAAUACAAGAAAAGAGAAUAAUUAUUAUUAUGACGAUGAUAAUAAUUCUUAUUCAUCUGAAACGAAUGAAUCAUAUAUAGAUAAUAUAUCAUCUGAUGAAUAUGAAUAUGAAUAUGAUAACAAUAUUAUGAAUAAAUUCUUUCUUCUAAAUUAUUAUUUAAAAAAUAUAUGGAAGACAAAUAAUACCAUGCUUAAAAAAGAAAUUCAACAUAUUAUAGGAAAAGGUGGAAUUAAAAAAAUAAAAUUAUUUUUCAAACCUCAUAUGGAACAAUUUUAUAAUUUUAGUCUUUUGUGUAAAAUCGAUUCAAAGGAAGAACCAUUAAAAAUAAAUUUUAAAAUGCAAGUUAAUAAACUUAAUAUAAAAUGUUAUAUAGAAAAUUAUGAUAAAGAACACAUCACACUCAAUUUAGAUGAUUCUUUAUCUAUUAAAAAGAAAAAAAAUAAAUAUGAUAUGAUACAUAUAUAUGAAGUAAUAAAUUUUAAAGAAACUAUUAUAGGUAAAAAAAAAAUGGCUAAAUUUGUAUUAGAAAAUCUAUGUUACUUUGAUUUAUCUUAUAAAUAUUAUUUACAAAAAGAGGAUGAUGAAAUUUCUAUAACAUGUAGUAAUAAUAUUAUAAAGAAAAAUUCAUUUUUCUAUAUAAAUAUAGAAUAUACCUCAUUAAUACACCAUAUAUAUGAAAAUCAUCUAACUCUUAAUAUAAAUGAUUAUUAUUUAAUAAACCUAAAAAUUACAGCUAUGUCAACAAAUGUAUUAAUACAUUUCUCUUUUUAUAAUUAUGAUUUUGGAAAUCUUAUCUUAUUUCCAAAUGUUGAUAAAAAUGAAAAUACAAGGGUAAUAUGUAUGGACGGAAAUUCUCGGGACAGUUUUUCUUCAUCUGAUACAUCUCUCUCUUCAUUAAUAUGUACAUAUAAAAUAAAUGAACUCAACGAGAAAAAAAUGAAAAAGAAAAAAGAAAUGGACUUGGAAAUAGAAGAAAAGCGUGUUCAAAAGGCUAGAGAAAAAGAAAGUGAGCAGAAAUGUGAUAAAGAAGAAAAGAAAAAGAAAAGGAAAAAAAAGGAAACGAAAAAUAAAGUCAAGAAAAAAAAUGAAAAAAAUGAAAAAAAUGAAAAAUAUAAAAGUGAAAACAUUUGUGGUCAACAGGAAAAUAUGAAUAAGGAUAAUUUAGAUGUUAAGAAUAUUAACAAGGAUAACUAUGAUAAUAAUAAUAAUAAUAAUAAUAAUAAUAAUAAUAACAAUGAUAAUCAUGAUAAUAAUCAUAAUAUAGAUAAUAAAGUCCUGGAAAAAAACAAGCAAUAUAACAAAAAACAAAAUAAAGAAAUAAAUGACAAGGCCGGUAAUAUAAAUAAUUUACUAAAUAUUCAACAUGACGAAAAAAAAAAAAAUAAUAUUAAAACAAAUGUAAACAAAGAUGAAAAUGCUGUCACAAAACAAAUUAAUAGAACAAAUUAUAAUGAUACCAAUAAUAUACAUACGAACAGUUUUGAUAUAAACAAUAUAAAUUAUAAUAUUAACACAGUAGAAACAAAACUAUUCAUACAUAAUAAUAAUGACGAAGAUUGUGAUAUAGAAUAUGAAAUAAAUGAAUCCUGUUUAAAAAUUAACAACGAUGGUAAAAAAUUACAUAUAAAAGGAAAAAGUAAAACAUUUCUUCUUAUUUCAUUUACUCCCAAUGAAGAAAAAGAAUAUAAUUUUAAAAUUCCAUUUAAAAUAAAUAAUGAUUCAAAAAAAAUUGUUUAUAUUUAUUUGAAAGGUUCAGCUAGCCAUUUUAAGUUACCAUUUUCAUGUAAUAAUUUGAACGAAAUAAAUUUUAAAGACAUUCAUGUAGAUAAGGAAGUAAUAAAUAAAUUAGUUCUUCAUAAUAAAAAUAUGGAAGAUGUUUCUUUCAAUAUAUUAAAUUAUAAAAAUUUAUGUAAAUACUAUCUAUCAUUUAUCAAUUUUGAUAAUAAUACAAGUCACAUUUUAAAAAAGAAAGAAAAAAAAACAUAUGAAAUAAAAUUUGCUCCAAAAAAAUAUAUAAAAUUACAAAUCCCUUUAUAUUUAAAUAUUUAUUAUAAGGGUAAAUGUAUCGCUUUUUAUUUAACACAUAUUAACAUAAAUAGUAUAUCUUAUAAAGUUAAAAUAAAGGAGAAUUUAUUAACAUUCAAUAAAAUAGACAAAUUACAUGAAGAAAAUAUUAUUAAUGAUAAUAAUAGUAUUUGUGAAAUUAAUCAUAUAAGAGAACAAUAUUUCAAACAUUUAAGUAAUAAGAAUGGUGUGAGGGGGAAAAAAAUACAAUUACAUAAUACAGGAGACAUGAAUGCUCAAUUUCAAAUAAUUUAUCCUCAAAAAUAUGAAAAAUAUUUAUUUUUAUAUCCAAAAAAAGGAAUUAUAUUCUCAUUUAAUUUAGUAAAUAUAUAUAUUUAUAUAGAUACUGAUUAUAUUAAUAAAGAUAUAUAUAUAAAUGAUGUUUAUAUACAAUUAUAUCCUAAAUUUAAUAAAAUAAAUAGUAAAUUAGCACUUAAAUUAUUUGUUGUUGUUCCCAGUAAUUUAAUCAAAUAUACUAAAAGUAGUUAUAAAAAUUUUGCAAAAUUUAAUAGCGAAAAUAAUGAUCAUGGAAAAUAUAAUAAUUAUGAUGAUGGUGAUGAUAAUAAUAAAAAAGAACAAAUUGUAAAAGGAGAACAACAAUUGACUAAAAAAAAUAAAAAUAUCGAACAAAAAGAUAAUGUUUCGAAUGAAGAAAAAAAUAUCAAAUUAUAUGUCUUAAAAAAUGAAACUAUAAUUACAUUUAUUACAGAUAUCAGAAAAGAAAUAUGUAAAAUUAUUGAAAUAUAUAAUGAAACAUCAUCAAAUUUUAAAAUAAAAUACAAAUUUUUAUAUAAUGAACAAAACUUUUUCUCUAUAGAAAAAUGUGAAGAGAUAAUAAAACCAAAUGAUUAUGGAUCUUUUCAGAUUGUUUAUAAUCCACUUUUUAUUGAAAAAAAUAAAAAAAAUAGCAAAAAUUAUCAUAACAACUUAUGUGAAAAAUAUGUUAAAUAUUGUUCUAAUAUUCAUCAUAUAUCUAAAUUGAUAAUAUACUAUCCAAAUGAAACUGCUAAAAAUUAUACAUUAUUAGGUUAUUCCAAUAAUGUAGUAUAUGAAAAAAAUGCUAUUUAUAAUUUUAAUUCAAAGCAUUUGAAUAAUACAUCUAUAAGAAUAAAAAAUUGGUUAAAUGAAAAUCAAAAUUUGACUAUCUCCUACCACACUUGUGAUAAGGAGGGCAAUCCUUCGAAUAUUGAUUAUUUUUAUUUUUACAUUCUCAAUCAAAUCGAUUUAUGUAAUAAAGAAGAAAAAAAUAUUGCAUUUAAAGUUUUAUCCUUAAAAGAUGGAGUGUUUUAUGUCAUGCUAAUACUUUCCAAUAAAAAAUACGAAGAUGUAUAUAAAAUAUUACUACAGUUUGAAAUUUCCAGAAGUGAAAUUUUAUCAAUAAAAAAUAUACACAGAUCAAAGAAAGACAUAAUUAAUGAACAUAUAGUUAUUUAUAAUCCUCUUGAUGAAAAUGUAGAAAUGGAACCUUUGUUUGAUUAUAAUUAUAUAUUUGUUCAAAAGCCAAUAAUACUGGAGAAAAGAAAAAAUAAUAUUAUAAAUAUAUAUUUUUGUAUAGUCAAGGAAGAAGAAGAGAAACAUGUUAUAAUUUCCUUUACCAACAAAAUUUUAGGAUCUUAUAGUUUUAAAUUUAUUUUAAAUAUUAAUAUGUAUGAUUUUGAAGAAAACUUUUAUUUUAAUACAGAUUUAGGAUCAGUACAAAUGAAUGAAGUUUCUUUUAAGAAUGUCUGUAACGAAAAAAUAAAUUAUGAUGUUAUGAUAGAAGAUUUUGAUGAAAACAAUAAGAAUUCUAAGCAAAUAUUUCAAUGUAUUGACAAAAUAAGUGUUAAACCUAUAGACACGAGUUAUUUUUUAAAAAACGGAAUGUUAAAUAAUGUAACUGAUAAAAUUAAUCUAACUAUUAAAUAUAAUCCUUCAGAUAUUAAAAUAAAUAAGGCUAUCAUAAAAUUGAUAUCUAAAGAGGGAAUCGUGUAUAAGGGUUUAAUAAUGGGAAAAAGUGUAUCACCGAAACCGAAAGGGCCCAUAUUUUGUUCAUCACAAAAAACGACAUUUUUAACAUUUACAAAUCCAUUUCUUCAUAUAAAAGAAUUUUUUAUUAAGACGGAUGACUAUUUCUCUGUUUCAAUUGAAAAUAUAAAAAUUGAAGGACGAGAAACUGUUCAAAUACCUAUAAAAUGCCAAACAACCAAUGCAACAUCAGGAAAACUUUUUAUUAAAUCCGAAGAUGAUAUUGUAUGGAUGUAUUAUUUGACAGGACAAUAA